AUGGCGGCGCAACCUGAAUCUAUAGAGGCUCUUCAACAGUCAUGGAAAAAAAUGUAUCAAGUACUUCUUCCUGCUGCUGCGAAAGCUGAUGCGACGGAAAACAAGAUUCAACACACAUGGCCAGUCCACAUCGACCAUUGUUUCGCUCGCAUCAUCAUGGAUAAUGUUGUUGGAGAAGGAGAGGCUCCAUGGACGAGCCGAUUGAAAAGUCCAGGUUAUAAAAACAUGAGCAAGACGCAAUUAAGAGCAUGCGUCGAAUUAGGGUCUAAGAUACUGAAGGGAGAAGAGAAAUUAUGCGAUUUGAACCGGGAAAGUCUGGAGGUACGAGAAAGAGAAAAGCGAGGCCAAGUACCUAGAGCCAAUGGAAGACAGGAGCGUGAGGUAGAUGAGGCAGGAAAAAGAAAAAGACAAGAGGAUGACGAUGAGGUAGAGGAGGAUAGAAAGUUUGGGGGUAGAGGUAGAAAGAGACAACAGGCAACAAUAUCGAAAUAUUGGGCAAAAGAACAAACGCCACCAGAAUCCCCCAUAACGCGCCCCGACUCUCCUCGCCACUCUGCAUCCCCUUCCCCAUCGCCCUCUCGCUCGCCCUCUCCCACAUCUUUCCUCCACACCCCACCCAACCUAAACAACUGGCUCCAAAAAAUCUCCUCCACACCCACACUAACCCCCUUUCGCAAACGCGUCCUCACUGCCCUCUGUCAAGUGCCUCCCGGCCACUACACAACCUACGCUUUUCUAUCCAAGCACCUCCAUUCCUCUCCCCGAGCCGUCGGAAACGCAUUGCGAAAUAAUCCGUAUGCGCCACAGGUGCCUUGUCAUCGGGUUCUGGCUACGGGAGGAGGAUUAGGGGGUUUUGAAGGUGAGUGGGGAAGAAAUGGAGAGGCGGGUGCGAAUGAUGGGAAGAAGAGGGGGUUAUUGAAGAAGGAGGGGGUGGUUUUUGAUGGGAAGGGAAAGGUGGUUGGGGUAGCUUGGGAGGGGUUUGUGUAA